UUUACAUUCUACAAUUUCUCUUCGUAAGUUGCCCUUGUUGUCAUCGUCCCUUGCCGACUUUUGCCCUGUGUCGUCACCACCUUGCUUUGCGCUGCACUGUCCCGCUGCCGACAUGCGACUGGGAAUCAUCCCGCACGAUUUACCACCACCACUCUCGAUCGAUGUGCAUUUUAUAUUUCCUCUUGGUGCCAAGCCUAUGGCUUGCCCAAUUUGCAAUUCAUAUUCGCCCAAUAUCCCGGUCACCGGCUGAACCGCAUUCGACCGCAGCCCCUCAUCACACUCCCACAAUCUUGCCUAGAACCACCAGCUGGUCCCGGGGUCACCGCUUUGCAUAAGUUGAGCGACGGACAUGACGAUAAUAGUGAUGAAGCUCAUUUCACCAUACAAACAAGUGUUUGUAUCGAGCUUGAGCACACCAAAACAGAAUGCAAUCCGAUCGGCGACGUGGUGUCACCAGUGGCGUUGCCCUCAACACUGUGUUCAUUUUUUUUUACAUCAAAUAUUGACAAGCGCUCUAUACUAACAACGUCAUAUUAGACAACCAUAACAUGUCUUCUCUCUCUCGCCGUGCCUGCUACAAGUGUGGCAACGUUGGCCACUACGCUGAGGUCUGCUCCUCCUCUGAGCGUCUCUGCUACAACUGCAAGCAGCCCGGCCACGAGUCUAACGGCUGCCCUCUUCCCCGCACCACUGAGGCCAAGCAGUGCUAUCACUGCCAGGGCCUUGGUCACGUCCAGGCUGACUGCCCUACCCUCCGCCUGUCUGGUAACGCCACCUCAGGUCGCUGCUACAACUGCGGACAGCCCGGUCACCUUGCUCGCGCUUGCACAAACCCCGUUGGUCCCAACCCUGCUAUGGGCCGUGGUGCCCCUAUGGGCCGUGGCGGUUACGCUGGUGGCUUCGGUGGUCGCGGCGCCUUUGCCGGCGGCCCUCGUCCUGCUACCUGCUACAAGUGCGGUGGUCCCAACCACUUCGCCCGUGAUUGCCAGGCUCAGGCUAUGAAGUGCUACGCCUGCGGCAAGCUCGGUCACAUCUCUCGCGACUGCACUGCGCCUAACGGUGGUCCUCUCAACACUGCCGGCAAGACCUGCUACGGCUGCGGUGAGGCCGGCCACAUCUCGCGCGACUGCCCCCAGAAGGCUGCCGCCGGCGAGGCUCCUGUGGUUCCCAGCGAUGUUGAUAUGGCCAACGCUGCCCCCGCCGCGCCUGUAGCCCCCAUUGCCCCCGUCGCCUAA